AUGUUUGUCGCCAGUCAAGUGUUUGUGAUACACCCCACGGACUCGUGGUGGCUACUAGCUAGCAGCUCUUUUCUAUCUCGAUCCCAUCAAGUGCCACUUGAAGCUUUCAAGGGCUUGUGGUACACAACUGCAAUUCCCACCUACGGAAACACUCGAUUCGCUAAUAGAACAACAAGUGACAUCUUCAUAACCGGGUUUGGCUCAUCGUCAUCCGCAACGGAACGUUCCACCCAGCCUGGUUUCCAGACCUCGAAGGGACCCCCACGUUGGAGGAAGCAGAACACUUGCUUGCCCUUCCCUAUCCAAGACUUCCCCGCUGCCGCUUGUCCGGCUGACCUUCAUCGCCAUCCCACUCUGGCCAACCCCGCGAUGUCUAACCAUACCUCAGCAGAGCACAUAGAGGACUACUCCAGGAGCUACAGCCCUGGACAGAGAAGACAGUCCUCAUGUGACAAGUACUACGAUGACGACGACUCGUCCGUCACCAAUUCCAAUUACACCACAUCCACUGCACCCUCAAGACGAUCGUCCACGGACCUCACCGUCCCAACUCGCGCUCCUGACCAUUCCCCUUGGGUAGGAAUCAACGAGCCCUCCGGCCCCGAGCCAGACUCCCACGAACUAUGGUGCGAGUUCUGCGGCAUUCUAAACUGCGACGAAGAAUUUCACAUCGGUGAAGAGAACCUCUGGAUCGACCACCACCUGCACCACCUGAGCCACCAAUUGCCCAGCAAGUUGGUCUGCUGGUUCUGCAACGACUACGACUUCACCGUCGAUGAGCGCGCCGACAGAGCCGAGCGCCAGCAGAACUUUCUCCGACGCAUGUGGCACAUCCGCGAGCACAUCUUUGACGACCCUCGCCUGACUUGGGAGAGAAUGCGGCCGGAUUUCUUCAUGGCCGCGCACUUGUACCGCCUUGGCAAGAUUGGAGAUGAGGUGUACGAGGAUAUCAGAAACUACACGGAGCUGCCGCCGCAGUUAAGGAUCCCCGGCACGCCCGGGUCGGUGUCAUAUGAUAGGUACCACCAACAUGGCCAAAGCCAGAGUCGGCAAAGCGGACCACUUGGCCCGCUGACUCCGCCGGAUAAUGAUGAUGGGUGGUACCGAUCGCCUCAGGAGUUGAGGCGUCAAGAGCGCAGGAGACGGAGGCCGGAACGUCACCGCCCUUGA